AUGCCAAAAACCGAUGCCGUGUGCAGCUUGAGCUCGGAAUCCGAACAUGAGGCCAGGGAAGUGCCAGCAACUCCAAAGGAGUCCCAAGGCCACCCUGCAAAGAAACGCAAGGUUGCCCAACGACCUGACCCAGUCGACAAGGUUUCUGAGUUGUACCUUAGAUCGCUGCUCGGGAAGCAGUGCACAUGCAGCAAGAAGACUUGCCUGCAGCAGUUCAUUGAGCCGGAGUUGUUUAAGAGGCUGAUGUCUUAUCGAGAACAUUGGUUUGAUUUGGGGAAGCUUGACCAAGAUGCCUUCGCUUUUGACUGCAUGAAGCUGAUGAUUACUGAUUCUGGAGCCGAAGAUGAUGCUCCGAUCAUUUGGUAUCUGGAUGGUGUUCGCACAUGUUCCAAGCGUUGCACGAAUCUGUUCAACGCUGCGAGAAAAGGCGCAGCCUCCGCUCCGGUUGACCUUCGGUUCUUGAAGAAACCAAGAGCGCACACCAUGAUGGACUUUCAGAGUGUGAGAGCUGAUUGCGUCUCGUAUUUGAGCUCAAUCUACGAGUCCGUUGCUGAAGUCAUUCCAGAUGUCAGGGACUCUGACGCACCUGCUGAUGAUGAAGGAGCAAACGCUGGCCAAGUCAUUUUGGACGCCUAUGAGAUUGAGUUGCACAAGAACAUGGAUGAUGCCCCCGCAGAUUUGCCACCCAGAGCCCACCCACCUCCGAAGAAGAAAAAGGUCCACACGAAACGGCGAGGUGUAGAGAUGAAUCCUGACCGUUUAAGUUCACUGGAGGAAUGUGAAUCCCAUGAAGUACGCUUCCUCCCGCCCGGUUCCAUGAAGCAGUUCUGGGAGCAGUACAAGCUUGUGUCCAACUUGGAGAAGCCUGUGUGGCUAUCUGAGUUUCCAUUCCUGCGGAUCCGUCAAGACGGGCAACAUUCAAUUUGCCAGAUUUGCGUGAAACAUCAGACCAUGAUACGCGGCCUUGGUCAUCACCUCGGGGCCCGCAAAGCCCAACUUCUUCUUUUCCAUCAACACCUCCGUGCCCAAUAUUCUGAUCGCAUGCUAUACUGGGAAGCGCGUGGAAUGUCAAGGUUGCGAGGUCAUACCGUUUGCAUCAUUUGCGACGGUAUGGACCAAAGCAAAUGGGACCUACCGCGAUCUCGCAUUUUAAAAGGCAAAGACUUCUCCAACAUGCAGCGAGUCAAAAUGCAUGUGACCGGGUGCAUCGCACACGGUCAUUGUUGUAUGGUGGCAGUGUCCGCACCGGACACAAAAAAGGAUGGGAACGCAUCCGUGGAGAUUUUGGCACACAUGUUCACGAUGUCAAAGCACCUUCAACGAGUACCUGUCCUGCAGACCCCGGAUGAUGUGUGCAACACCAUCAACGAUUUUUUGCAGCAGGCGCACAUGCCCCACGAGAAGGAAUUGGAGGAAGUGGAGCACCUCAUUAUUUUCGCAUGGAGCGACGUGCAGAAUCUGGCACCUAUCUGUUGCAAACCCAGUAUUGAGGCCAGAGAGAUUACUUCGACUUUGUGGGACUACCCGGAGCACCCUGACGAUGUGAUCCUAAGGACCAAACGAUACAUGGCCGACAAAGCAUUUGCAGACACGGUCCUGUUGUAUCCUCGGUGCAUGAUCACCCCGGGCCCACAACAACUUGGAAGUGCUUCUAGAGCCCAGACGGAUGCAUUCUACAUUGAGCCCAAUAUCUUGAAGUUGGUGAAUCCAAACGCUGAUGACGCAAAGGUUGUGGCUUCUUAUGUGAAGCGUGCGCGUGUGAGAAUCACUCACCAAGCUGCAGCAAAAGCUUGGGCUCACGGUGUGCCGUGGGCUGAAGCUCUCAGGGUGGCAACCAAAGCUGUGGCCGCAGGAAAGGCAGUUGCCAAGAAACCUUUGGCCACCAAAAAACGUGGGGGCAAAGGUUUGAUCCAACACUUCGAGCCCUUCCCCCGGCCAGUGCUUGAAGUGACGGAUCCCGACAACAUUCAACACUUCGGAGGUGGUGCGGAGAGCGCAGCUAAGACUCCCAGGUUUGAAACCACCGUCUUACCAGAAGGCGGUCCAGACAUGUACUUGAGUAAGAUCUACGACACGAAGGCCCUCCACCUGGGCGGAGAAGCAGAUGGAAUUUGCCCAGUGGCUCAACGACUUUUGCCCACCCGACCCAGGAUUCCUGAGCGACCCAAACAUGCCUGGUUGCAAGAAACUUUCUUGCACACAGAUCCCGACAGAGUUUUUGUCUUCGGAGUACACAGAGCUCCCGAGUUUCCCUGGCGCCUCGGUCUGAAAUUUGCUGCCCAGACAUUGUUACGAACGCAAUUCAUCCCUUGCUUUUCUGCCGGGUAUGUGAAGGGAUGGAAGCGCGCCGUGAUGUUACUCAUCACUGCCCAUGGUGUCAAAGAGUUGGACCUCGGCCAUCACAUUGUACACCAUGUGAAAGCUAGCUGGGGCACUCUCCAUGCAAGCUUUUCGGACAGCAUGGACGUGCGUGCCCAGGUGCACGCAAACAGAGGCUCUUCCUUCAUCGAAGAUGCGACGGCCACAAGGCCGAACUGCUUUGCACUGCGCAGACAGGUGAUGAUUUUACAAAAGGCUGGGGGAGGCAGCGCUGAGCGACAAGCUGCUGAGUGGCACUCCGCGAAUUCAAUGGCUCGGGCUCUUCAACUCGGUCGUUCCGAAGCAGCUGCAGUGAACAACUUGGUGCACAAGGUGGCUCCGGAGGCAGUGACUUUCUUGGAGAACAGUGUGAAGCGCCGAGGCAUGUUGAAGUACAUGUCCCACGACGUCAUCGGGAGGGAUUUGCUGAAUGAAGGCUACACCAGCGGGGUGGGCAUCCUGGAGCCGUGGAAAGAUGAACUACGCAACGACGGCGGGCAGAAGCUGGUCAUGUUGUUCUUGCGUCGCUUGGAGACUGACCACGACCGCACACCGCCCUCGCUGAGAAGGAGUGUCACUGAGAAGCAAGCUAUUGCUAAACACCAGGCUUGUGCAUGCUUCUUACACUUUUUGAAUGUCUUCGAGCGCGCGUGCCCCCCCACUGAAUACCCUGAAGCUGCGGAAUCCCUCACAAGCCAGUUCAUGUCUGGUUACCUUGAUCCAGAUUUGGGGCACAUCCUGGAGACUUCAGUGCCCCCGGGUGAUCUUGCAGCUGUGGCUGCAUUCAGGCCAUUCGUGGCCAAGAUCGAGAAGAUGACCCGUUCCCAGGACGAAGAACGAGAGAUGGAACUGGAGCGCAACGCUCGCUUCGCGGACUUGGAGGUUGUCGUGGCAAAGUUGGAGCGGGACACGCAGACCUUAGAGCAACGUCUCUCCGCUGCUGGGUCCGAAGCAGAAAGGCAUGCCAAAGACUUGCUGUACCUGAGGUGGACGACACCUAUCAAGGCGCCAUUGCGGGUUUUCUUCAGUUUCGAGAACAGUUCCGCGGACGUGUCGGCCAAGUUUGGACUGAUUGGCUUUGAUGCCACGGUUUGGCCUUCGAAUGCAAACAUUGUGGUGAAUUCAAUGAACACCGUUGCGCAGCUGUUGGGCAUGAGCUCGUCGCAUAUGGCUUGGAUUCAAUAUCCUGUCCUGCACGCUGCCACGAACUUGAACGCGAUGGUGAAGCAUCGCCACCUCCUUGAGAUUUCCAUGCUGAAGCAUUCCAUCGCAUGCCAGUUCAAUGUCCAGAUUCUCUAUGCGAAGCCAGAUGCCAGAGCGAAUGACAACAGGAACUUGUCCCAGCCUGCCCUUUGCGGCUUCCACAGCAACUACCAGGAGUCACCGUUAAGAUCCUCGAAAGCUGUCGCAGCUGGGACAGCUGGCCCUUGUCCCUUGAUCAAGGUCACUGACUUUAUCCAAUAUGAUGAGAGCUCUAAGCCAGGACCUGCCAUGCGCUGCGAGCAGAAAGGGAUUCCGUGCCACUUGGCCAUGAUUGACGGCUUGCUCUCCGGGGUUGAGUUGGCUGACGAAGAUCGUGUUCUUUUUGUGGAUGUGCUGCCAAACACGUACUGUGAAUUUGGACGAGCUUGUGUCCAAAGGGCUUGGGAUGGCAGUGGCAAGUCGAUUCUGUACAUUGGGUUUUGGAGCCAGGAACAAUUCAAGAAGAACCAGAAGGCGCUGCGUGAGAUUGUGUACCAGGGAUGGGACGCCAUGCCCGGGUCUCCUCCGCAGAGCCGGCCUUUGGAGGAAAAUGAGGCGCAGUCUGCCCCCUCUUUGCAAAUCAUUGCUUGGCAAAAUGGUGCGCCGCACUGGCCAGACUUUUUGGACACCAAGUUUCCCGAAGGGUCUUCCGAGGCGGAGGCGCUUUCGAGAAAGAAGCAGGAGUUCUUGCAGAAGUUCCCCGCCCAGCCAGCGCCACGAACAGGAACCACUGUGCGCCCAGGACGCGCAGGAGGCCACUGUGACUUUUCGAUCGAUGGUGGUGCCAAGCCUUUGGACAUCACGAGGGAGAUCCAGCCAGAACAGGUGGGCGAAGCUGACUUCACUGAGAACAGGCGACCUGCGAUUGUGAUCACUUCAUCCUUUGAAGUGUGGAUCGGGAACCCGAGCGGAACGGAGGGAAUGAACGUGGAAGCGCAAGAGCUGUUUGGCUUCGGGGUUGGAGAUCCUACGAAAGAGAAAUUUGGCUUGCCAUUUCGGUUGACUUCUGACUUGGACCACAUCAGCUACCAGAAGGAGCCUCACGCCCUUUGUCAGUUCCUUCGCCGGUUGGCAACCCAGCGUGGCAUGGGGGAGCUCAAGCUGGAAGAUCAUGUGAUUGCGGUAAGUGGACAAGAUCCAGUGCCUGUUACGUUCCGCUACAAGAUUGCUCCCAAAGAGAAUUUUGUCACACACGUCUUCAAGCCAAAGAAUGAUGGUACUGGCAGAGAGAGCGGCACCAACAUGUUCAGGGCUCAGGCUUUGGGAACGGUGUUCCACCAGAACUAUGACAAGGUCAUUUCGAACAAGAAAGCUGGCGUGGUGUGGGAGGUUGAUUUCACGUCCUCCCCGCCAUCUGUGGUCGUGUCCAAGCCCAAGGUGUACCUUCUUUGCCUUGUGCAGAUUUUGGACUACCCCACAGCCCACUGGCAAGAAGAGUGGGUGUUUCUAGGGGACUUUCGAGAGCUGGCAGUUCGGUCACCACGGUCACCAGACUCAGACCAUGCCAGUGAUGACAAGGGUCGACCGCUUGAGUGGCUCCGAGGCGGGGAGGAGGCGCCGGGUUCUUCGUCAGUCAAGCGGCGAGGUGAGCCUGAAGCGUCGCGCCCAAAGGCAAAAGCGAAGAGCACCCCUGCACCCAAGACUCCGUCCCGUCCGAAGACGAAAGCCCUUUCCUCUCCCAAGUCCAAAGCCGGAUCGAAAGCCAAAGCCAAAUCAAAGGCUGCUAUGAAGCGUCCCGCGGCAGCAGCGUCAGCUGCUGAGUCAGAUGCUGCAGCUACUUGCGAACCUGCUGAGCUAGAGGAGCCAGAGGAGUCAGAGGAGCCAGUUGUCAUGAAGCGCCCCUCAGCCUUGCGCCGUCCAGCAGCACGUGGAGAAGACGAAGACCCGCCAAAUCCACCUGAUGGAGAUGCAGAUGGACCCGCUGCCGUGCCCCGUCGAAAGGUUUCAAACCCGUAUCUGUAUGCAAAGAGCGGCAUCUGGGGCAUCAAGGUGGAUGGCAAACAGGUUGUGACAGUUGGAGGCAAAUUUCGCUCGGUGGCCAAAUCCAAGGAGAUUGCAGACAUUUGCGUGCGGGAAUUGCGUGGAGGUAAGAGCACUGCAGACGUGCUUCUCUUGCUGUCCUGUCCUCCUCCGGCUUCCGUGCGUUCCUUUCUUUCACCCUUCGGUCUGUUAGUUGCUGUCUUUAGCAAGACUGCUUCCUUU